GGAUUCAUACUUUUUGCUUUACUUCCAACAUUGGAAAAGAAUAUAAUAUGAAUAAUAAAAAUGUAUACCGAACACCCAAAUGAAUCGAAGGUUCCUCAAAAACCCAAAUCUAAAUGGCCUUCUCAGUAGCUUUCUCUACUUCCUACUGCACUCUCCAAAGUAGCAUAUUGUGUGCCCAAAAAUCAAAUCCACAAUCCCUAAAGACCUCAUCGUUAUUCCCACCUGGGAAGAAACUCUUCCACCAACCUCUAAGGUACAAAGGCUUUUCUCCCAAGAGAGGUGCUGGCGAAAUCAAGGCAUCAAUUAAGUGGGAAAAGGGCUACAAAAAAGUUGAGGUCUUCAGUAAGGAGCAUCUUGCUGUGUCAUUGGCUUAUGAUGUUGCUCAGCUCUCUAACAAAUUCACAAGAGAGAGAGGUGCUUUCACUGUUGUUUUGUCCGGUGGGUCACUCAUCAAGUAUCUCAGGAAAUUGGUUGAACCCCCCUAUAUCGAUUCCAUAGAGUGGUCAAAAUGGCAUGUUUUCUGGGUGGACGAGAGAGUCGUGCCAAAGGAUAACUUAGAAAGUAAUUACAAGCUUGCCUAUGACGGCUUUCUCUCUAAGGUGGCAAUUCCUCCGGUAAAUAUUUAUGCCAUUGAUGAUGCCUUGCCAGCUGAUGGAGCAGCUGAUGUUUAUGAAACAACUCUGAAACGGUUGAUGAAAAGUAAUGUGAUAGAAACAUCAACUAGGGGAUUUCCGAAGCUUGAUCUCAUGUUGUUGGGUAUGGGCCCAGAUGGGCAUGUGGGUUCUUUAUUCCCUGGGCACCCCCAUCUGAAGGAAGAUCAUAAAUGGGUUACUUUCAUAAAGGACUCACCAAAGCCACCACCAGAGAGAAUCACUUUUACCUUCCCAGUAAUCAAUUCAUCUUCAAACAUAGUUAUGGUGGUGACUGGUGAGGGUAAAGCAAACGCUGUUUACUCUGCACUAGAGGAUGAUGAGAAGACUGAUAAAUUGCCUGUUGAACUGAUUUUACCUGAGGGGGAGUUGAAAUGGUACCUAGAUGUUGGUGCUGCUUCAAAGCUGUUCAAGGAGUAAAGGCAUGUAAUACGAGAGUACUGCAUUUUCUUUACCACUUUUGUGGGGCGCGACUUCCUGAUCUUUAGGAAAGUAUCCGUAAAAUACUAAUGUGGACAUUACUUUAAUAAAUAUUUACUGCUCAAUUGGAUGCUAUUUAUUUUAGGUUUUUCUCAAUAUAUUUAAAUUAGAUAAAA